GACUUUCCUCCCAAUAAGAUUCUUAUAGCCAUAGCUUUUGGUUCUUUUUAAAUACCAUGAUAUGGAUUUCAUUUUCUUCAAGUCCUUCAAGCCACAUAAAUAUAGUUCAAACUUAUUAGUCUAUUUCCAUGGCUUUUUCGGAUUUUCCUGAUAUAUUUUCCUGGAUUCAAAACCUUCCACCACUCCCUCACUGGAAAACAAAUUCCAUUUCUCUAUGUAUAUGUUCACCUAGUCCAUCCCAACCAUCCCUUAAACUCUCUAUAGCCAACAAUCGUCAAACUUCAAAUCCCUCUUUCUCUAUAGUCGUGGAUUUUAAUCUCCCUAUCUCUCUUUGGACCUCGAAACCCUUGAAGCUUAGCUCCAAAUGCACUAAGUUACUCGAUCAAGAAGCUAUAACCAAUCUCUUUAUUAAUUUUAUCAAAGAUGUUCUUCGUUAUGGCUCAAACAAUAACAGCUCCUUGAGUAUCAAAUUCCCAAAGCUAGAUUCCAUUGCCAACUUCAAAGACAUCUUCAACACCGCGUUUCUCACGCUGUUGUUCCUGAUUUGCAUCUAUGAAGCUCCUGGAGAUCUUCGUUCUGAAUGUCUUAAUAUUUUGAAAAACCAUUUGGCAAAUUGUGGAUCAAGACGUGGAACAAAGUUGCUGAUGAAACUGUUGGGAUCUAACUUGGAAGAACAAUGGAUGAGGUCCAUAAAUCUCGCUAUUACUAAUUGGAUUGUAGAACUCCAAUCAAGUAGCCAAGGAAUUCUAAAAGCACCAUCACCACUUUUCUCUUAUGCGAUUUCGACAUUUGGGCUGUGGAAAGUUCAGUUGUAUUGCCCUUUAAUAGCCAUGCCUGUUGAGAACUCGAGUGGUCCUAAUUCAGCUGAUGAUAGAUUGGGAUUCUCUUUGAAUUACCACCAGCUUGAAGGUGUGCUUCAAUUCAACUACAGAGUUACCAUUCGACAGAUGUGGGUCGAAGUGAUGGUAAAUAUUGAUAACAUAAGGUGCGAUGUCAUAAAACUUUUGAACAAGACACUACUAUCCGAGAGAGGUUUUGGGGCAUCAGAAAAACAUUUCCCUUCGCGAAUAUCUUUGCGACUCACACCAACUUUGCAAACAAACAUAAUAAGCGUUUCAGUGAGCAAAUCUUCAGAGAAUCCCACAAGAGAGAUUGGGAUAGAGAAAAGCAUAGAAGGUGCAUUUGAACCACCAAACCCUUACUUGGGUCUCAAGGUAUCUGCGGGAGAGACGGUAACAAUGAGCUUGAAACCUUGGAAAUUUGAAGAAUCUGUCCACGGAUACUCUGCAAAUCUGAAUUGGUAUCUCCACGACAGUGUCGAUGGAAGAGAGGUUUUCUCUUCGAAGCCAUCGAAGAUCUCGUUGAUCAACCCCAAGGCUUGGUUUCGAGAUAGAUAUUCUAGUGCUUAUAGGCCUUUCACAAGGCAAGGGGGGGUGGUUUUUGCCGGUGAUGAAUAUGGAGAGAGGGUUUUCUGGAAGGUUGAUAAAGGUUCAAUUGGAAAGACAAUGGAAUGGGAAAUAAAAGGAUGGAUUUGGUUAACAUAUUGGCCUAAUAAACAUAGAACGUUUUAUAGUGAGACUAGGAGGCUGGAAUUCAGGGAAAUCCUUGACCUCACAAUUUCAUCCCAAGUCUAAAUUAAAGAUGAGAUUUAAAUAAAGAAAGUGUAAAAGAAGAGAGACCUCUGAAUUGUUUUACAUAUAUGUGUGGAGUUGUAAACCUUUUUUUUUUUUUUUUUUUUUUUAUGUAGUUGGGCUGGGUUGGGGGUGGUUUUUUCAAACUUGUAUUAUAAAAUUAAUAUUGUUUUUCUUGAUGAUGUAUAAUUCUAAUAUGAAGUUUUAUAGAAAUGAACAAAAAUGCCCAUCUUUUGUUUAA